CCGCAGCCCCCAGACCAGCGCAGCCCGGGCCUAUGUCCCACGGGGCGCAGCGCAGCCCCGGCCAGCACGGCGCAGCCCCGGCGCCGGUGCCCGCACGCAGGGCCACGCUCGCCACCGAAGCCCCGCGCUCGCUGCGAUUCAGUCUCGUAAUUGGAUUUUGACGUUCAAUAAGCGAAGUAGUGCUAACUGAUCGAGUGCUUUCCGCUUCGAUAUCGCAGCUUGCUUGACCGAUUUCUUGCCGGGGCCCAGCUUUGUGUGUAAACGCUUUGUAUGUCUGAUAGAAUGAUAUCGCGUAGAUACGAGGCCUUACGUAACGUUACAUUACGGAGCCACCGGUGCAUCACGAUGCGAUAGUAACGUGGCCCUCAGGCGAGUGUAGGCAGCCGCGGACGGUAGACGCGAGCCGAGCACAGCACGCAACAUGACUUGCUGGGAGACUGUAGGACUGCUAGGCCCUUGCGCUCUGCUCGCUUCCACCGAUGUCAGGCCCCCUGAGAACGAGUUGCAGAAGAAUUCGGACCGCGUCCUCUCCGAGCACGAACUGCGAGUCCAGAGGUCACUACAGAAGCUCAAUGUACCCGAAUGGUACAAGAACGCGCCCGCCGCGCGCGAGGGUUUCCUACUUCGAAAGCGGUUGUCGGACGCAUCGUCGGCGGCACGUUGGGGCGGUCUCAAUUCCAAGACCACGUCGCUGGGCAGCCUGGGCGCCGGCGCGCAGCCGCCCCCUCCACAGCUCUCACCGCAUACCACCAGCUUCGGCAGGUGGUCUACCAGCAGGCUUAAUUCUAAUCAAACGUCUCCAUGUUCGUCUACUCGCAGCAGCGUGCGCGGCGGCAGCCCGCUGUGCUCGCCGUCCGCGCGCUCCUCCUUCAGCGCACGCCAGCCGUACCUGGGCUGGCGCAGCCAGGAGCGCCUCAACACCACACCGAGGACGCCACACGAGAGGCUAGCAUCAUCCCUGCUGCAGCAGUCCAGCGCGUCGGCGAAAGCGUCGGAGGAGAUCCAGUCGUCGAUUAAGGAGGUGACGUCAGCGAUCGUGCACUACGUGUCGGGCCUGGAGCCCGCCAACGGCGACCUCGACCUCCAGCCCUCGCCGCGAUCCAGUCAGAAACUCUACUGGCUAGAGAGCUCCUUUGUUGGUACGAAGCCAUUAGAUUCCCCGCAAACGCCGCUGGUGGUGACGGAGGUGCUGCCCCCGCCGCACCCCCGCCCGCCCUCCUCGCUGCGCCUCGAGCACCGCGCCGCGCCCGGUGAGCGAGCGUGACCACCACCCCCUACACUGCAGGCUUAGAUACAUCUCGCACAAACAUUCCGAACUAACCGAGCAAUGGUUAAUCAACACAUUGUUACGUUCGUAACCAACAAUCAUUUAGGGCUGGCACGUUAGCAAAUUCAAGAGUAUGAAUAUCUUCUUAAUAGAAAAUUUAUUGCAUUUAAAGUUUUUAAUCCAAACCUGCAGUGUAUUUUGUUAUGGUAAUACUUUUGUGAGAUAAUUUUUGUGCUGUUUGCCUUUUUUUAGUUAUUUUGCGACGUAAUGUGAACAAGCAAUAAAUAUUGUCAUUAUGUUUGUAAGCUUUAUAGAGUUUAAGACUCAGGACCAUUGUCAUGUACGGUGUGAAAUUUGUGACAUUUCUGCACUUUUUGACGGAGGAAAUUUUAAUUGUUUUGUAAUGUUGUCAUGACAACACAGCACUGGCUUGUAGUUGGCUUAAGUUUUUGUUGUGGCUUGAAAUUCUUCCCACGAUUCAUAUUAGAGCAUAAAUCAUUUUUGUUAAUAAUGUAAUGUUGCUAGUACAAUUAGCGUGACAUUGUGAAACCCGCCAAAAUGUUUUUUUUUCUAUUAUUUAAAUAUAAAUAUAAUUAAGAAUAGGUAAAUGCGAUGAUGCAUUUCUAUUUAAACUAUUUUUGAGUCUAAUGUUAUCUAUGAACAUAUCAUUUUAUUAAAUCAUAAUAGAUUAAAAAUUUUCAUGAUUAUUGUAUUGCCAUAUUUGCAAUAGUAAUCAGAUCGAGAACCAGUUAAAUGUUUGAACAUGUAUUCAUUGUACAGCGUAAAUUAUUUUGUUUGUGCGUAUUCUAAAUUCAAAUCUUUAGCAUUUAGUUUGUAUGCUAGUGAAAUACAUAGAUUUGUAAAUAAUUUAUCAUGUUGCUAUAUUUUAUUUUAGGUGCUAAAAAAUCUGUUACCUACUUAUAUUUAGAAAUAUUUCAAAAUAUGUAUCCAUUUAUAAUAGACAGUAAAAAAUGUCACAAAAAUGUUGUUUGCCUCAAAAUAUAAGAUUACAUUAAUGGCAGUUAUCAGAACCAUAAACAAAGUGUGAUGGAGAGGUCACAUACAUUCUGACUGAAAUCUAAAUAUUUAAGUUCCUUCUACUUAAAUCACCUCGUAAUUUAUAUUUGGGGGUCAGCAGGUCCCUAAGUAAAUUAUACAGGUUCUGAUUAGGUUAGAAUCAUUCGAUUUGUGCUCAAAAUUCGCACCGAAAAAUUAUAACCGAAAUUAAAAUGUCGAAUUUGUUUAACGAAGCCUUUCCUUGACCUCUAUAACGAUAAAUAUAUCGUUGUUUGGAUUUAAAAUAUCUAGAACGUUCUUUAUCGAGUAAACUUUUAACGGAAAGGCAUUUUUAUAAACAAAUUAUAGAUUUUUGCAAUAGAUUGUUCCGUAGCUCUCUAUGUUUCUUUACAAGCACAUUUGUCUGUUAUAGUACCUAAAAUGUAUUUUUUUAUACGUAGAAAUAUCAAUAUUUAGAGAAUCUCGGUACCUACAUGUAAUUAGAAAUCAUAAAUGUUAUUUUUUUAAUUUUAACAUCAAUCAUUCUUUACAUCAAUGUAAUUUAGUUACAUUAUAAUUAUAACAAUUUAUGAAUAUAUUCAGUUUAUUUUAU